AUGAGGUUCUUCUCUGACUACUCAACUUCUCUUAACACCUUCUAUGUCCGAGCGACUGCAGGUUUUGCCCUAUACAGUGCGGCAGCUGACACUAUUGUACGUAAGAAUGAAAAGAUUCCAGCAGUUAUAGUGUUUGGAGAUUCUGUAGCCGAUACAGGCAACAACAACAAUCAAAAUCCUCUUUCCACAUGCAACUACCCUCCCUUAGGGGAGAGAUUUCAUGGGAGGAAAACCAACAGGAAGGUUUGGCAAUGGAAAGGUCUCUUCGGACUUUAUAGCAAAGUCAUGCAGUUCAUACUCUCAGAAAAUCUCCAACCAUUUACAGAUGAAUUCUUUGGUGUAAAGGAGCUCUUGCCACCUUACCUUGAUCAAAGCCUGCAGCUUCAAGACCUCCUUACUGGUGUAACUUGUGCCUCAGGCGGUUCUGGUUAUGAUCCUGAAACAUCCAAAUCACCGUCCGUGCUAUCAUUGUCGGACCAACUAGACCUGUUCAAAGGUUACAUAACUAAGAUAAGAUCAGCUGUGGGAGAAGAAAGAACCGCGGCCAUAUUAUCUAAAAGCAUCUGCAUAGUGUGCACAGGAAGUGAUGACAUUGUCGUCACUUAUUUCGCUAGCGAGCAUAGAUCUUCUUAUGAUGUCAAUUCAUAUACUGAUUUAAUGGUCAGCUCAGCUUCAAGCUUCGUCCAGACCCCAGCUCAAUAUGGUAAUUUAGCUGAACCAAAAUCAUCUCUUUUCAAGUCUAUGAUUAACUUGGAUGCGAAGUAG